GAGAACUGCAGCGCGGAGGCUUCGGAGCGAGCCGGGGCAGUCGGGGUCGAGGCAGCCCCUCCUGACUGUGACUUUGGACACCUCGCUGAAUCUCUGCUUCCUCCCCUGCAAAAAUGAAAAUUCAUUCAGUGGAUGAAGUUAAGAAGUGCCAAGGGUGAGGAUCUCCUUUAGAAGAGGAGAAGCCUUGCAUCAACCUCUUGGGCCUCAGCCAAGAUGUCUGAGAUACUGUCCACUAUAGUCUCCAAGAACAUGACCAAUGACAGGACCCCAUCACAUUGGAUUGGAGGCCCACCCCGCUCCAGAAUGGCCUCAGCUUAGUGAAUUACAGCUGCAAAGACCUUAUUUCCAAACAAGAUCACAUUCUGAGACAGUGGGGGUUGGGACUUCAACAUACGAAUUGGGAUGACACAGUUCAACCCACAACAGACCAUGAGGAAGGUGUCACCGUGAAGAGAACAGCCUGGAAUCCAUGAACAUCAGCUCUUCUUCAAGCACUGAAGAGAACCCAAAGAAACAGGCAAGAAAAAACGAAGAACAUGGUCCUGACCCUUCAGCGAACCCUUUCCACUUAUCUGGGGAUGUGGAUUUCUUCUUGCUCAGAGAUCAGGAGCGGAAUAAGGCUCUCGCCGAACGGCAGCAGCAGAAGACGAUGCGGGUGCACCAGAAGAUGACCUACUCCUCGAAAGUGUCGGCUAAGCACACCAGCCUGCGGCGGCAGCUGCAGCUGGAGGACAAGCAGGAGGACCUGGAGGCGCGCGCCGAGGCCGAGCAUCAGCGCGCCUUCCGCGACUACACGACCUGGAAGCUCACCUUGACCAAAGAAAAGAAUGUGGAGCCUGAGAACAUGAGUGGCUACAUUAAGCAGAAGCGGCAAAUGUUCCUCCUCCAGUAUGCCCUGGAUGUCAAGCGGAGAGAGAUCCAGCGGCUGGAGACGCUAGCGACCAAAGAGGAGGCCAGGCUGGAGCGGGCCGAGAAGUCCCUGGAGAAGGCCGCCGCCUUGUUCGACGAGUUCGUCAGGGAGAAUGACUGCAGCUCCGUGCAGGCCAUGAGAGCGGCCGAGAAGGAGACCAAAGCCAAGACAGAGAAGGUCCUUGAGAUCCGGGACCUCACCACCCAGAUUGUUAAUAUCAAAAGUGAGAUCUCCAGAUUUGAAGACACUCUGAAGCAUUACAAGGUCUAUAAGGAUUUCCUAUACAAGCUGUCGCCCAAGGAGUGGCUUGAAGAACAGGAAAAGAAACACUCGUUUCUCAAAAAGGCCAAGGAGGUCUCUGAGGCUUCCAAAGAGAGCAGUGUUAACUCCACACCAGGGGACAAAGGACCAGGGAUCAAGGGCAAGGCGAGCUCCAUGUGGGCCAAAGGGCACAAAGAAGCCCUGGAGGUUUCUGCAGACGAUGCGGCUGGGGCGGAGCCUGUCUUACCUGAGCAGCCCCCAGCAAGGCAGCCAGCCCAGCGAGUCCAGCGGUGGCGACUCCAGAGGGUCGAACUCUCCCAUCCCCCCCACGCAGGAGGACACCGACAGCGAUGGGGAGGUGAAUGGCCCAGUGCUGGGCUGGAAUUCAGAAGUCGCCCCUCUCUUUCCCUGCCCCCACCCCUGCCCCUCUGGCUCUGUCCCUGUCCAGUCCCUGCCAAAACCUGUGGGUUGCAGGAACCACAGCUGUACUUCACUGAGCCCCAGCAGCUCCUGGAUGUCUUCCGAGAGCUGGAGGAGCAGAACCUGUCGCUGAUCCAGAACAGCCAGGAGACGGAGAAGACCCUGGAGGAGCUGAGCCACACCCUGAAACACACCCAGAUCCGCAUGGACAGGGAGGUCAACCAGCUGAAGCAGUGGGUCACCACAAUGAUGAUGUCCAUCACCAAGGAGGAGGACACAGCAGCUGAGCUGGAGCUCAAAGCCCGAGUCUUCCACUUCGGCGAGUACAAGGGCGAUCAGCAGGAUAAGCUGCUAGAGAGCCUGAACUGCAAGGUGCUGGAUGUGUACCAGCACUGCACCGGCACCCAGCAGGAGGCCAACCUGGGCACCGUGCAGAUGCUGAGCAUCAUUGAGCACCAGCUGGAUGAGCUGCUAGAGAACCUGGAGCACGUGCCCCAGGUCAAGAUCGAGCAGGCCGAGAGGGCAAAGGAGAAGGAGCGGCGCAUCAGACUUCGAGAAGAGAAGCUCCAGAUGCAAAAGAUCCUACAGGAGGAGCAUCUGCAGCGGGCCCGGGCGCGCGCCCAGGCUGAGAUCAAGAAGAAGAGAGGCAGGACACUGGUAUGCCGCUCACGACCCCCAGCCCACAGGAUCAAACAACAGUCUGAGCACACACUGAUGGACAAGGAGGAGGAGGAGCUGCUAUUUUUCUUUACUUAAUCUUCGCAGACCAUAGCUGUUCUGGCUGAAGGCUUAGCAAAGAUGUUGGCAGAGGAAGCAGAGACUGGGCUGGGUCUCGAGUGGCCCAACUGAGUCCUCUCUGUCUCCUGUGUGCUCCCUUCCUCACCUGAAUAAAUUCAUGUCUCUCUGGGGUCUUGAAGGCCUGCUUAAGGAUGCA